AUGGUCAAUGUCUCAGCCCAGUCCGAGACAGUUGUCUGUUUCCAAGUCAAGGGAGGGGUGGUGCUGGAGGUGGUGAUAGCCAAGUACUGGGCUAACCUAGGCCACAUGAACCUCAACUACUCGGUGGAGUUACACGGUUGCCGACCUGACACUCCCGCAGUGACCAUGCUGCACGCCGACGGCAUCCAUGAGAUCGAGCUGUACAGUGGCCUGCAAAGUGAGGAGGUCUCUCCUUUCAUACAGAUCAAGAGCAGUGUCUCCGUCCUAAGGCCAACAGAGGCCAAGGUCUUGGCUCUGGACAAACGCGAUGUCAUCCCUCCGAGCAGACAGAUCUACCAGCUGUUGUUGACGUACACGUUUCAUCUUAGCAAAAGUUUUGAUGUGACACCAAACAGCUCUCUACUGAGUCACCUGCUCUACGAGUCUGAGUUUGAGUCCCAGCUCUGGAUGUUGUUUGACUGCAACAAGCAGUUGUUGGCCUCUGGUGAUGCCUAUCCUAACAAGCGUAAGAUUGUGACAAGUCACCUGCUCUACGAGUCUGAGUUUGAGUCCCAGCUCUGGAUGUUGUUUGACUGCAACAAGCAGUUGUUGGCCUCUGGUGACGCCUAUCCUAACAAGGUAGUGUUCUCAUUUCAUGUAGAUCACCUGCUCUACGAGUCUGAGUUUGAGUCCCAGCUCUGGAUGUUGUUUGACUGCAACAAGCAGUUGUUGGCCUCUGGUGACGCCUAUCCUAACAAGGUAGUGUUCUCAUUUCAUGUAGAUCACCUGCUCUACGAGUCUGAGUUUGAGUCCCAGCUCUGGAUGUUGUUUGACUGCAACAAGCAGUUGUUGGCCUCUGGUGACGCCUAUCCUAACAAGUAUAAUGUGAAGUUGGAGAAAGGAGAUUACACUAUACGACACCAAAUCAGACACGAGAAGAAAGAUCUGCUGGAGAAACUGACUGACUUGCCCAUUCUCCUGUCACACAAACUCGCCACUCCCGAUCACUUAUUGUGAAUGACUGUUUUGAAGGUAGAUGCGUAUGGGAGCCAGUCUCAGGCCCUGAUUGGUGGCAAGAAGCUAACUUCCGCCAUUUUGCCAACCGGAAAGUACACGCUACCGAUCUACAUUGCUCCUCUGCCUUCUGACAAAUUACAAAAGAUUGGGACAACAGGACACUAUUUACAAGGAACUAUAGUUUAUUCCAAAGACGAUGUUGGGAAAAAAGUGGAUUCUUACCCCUUCAAGUAUAUUCUUGCUGAACCGGGAAAGAAAAGCUCCUCAAAAAACACCAAUGAGAAAACCAAACAAGAAGAAUAUGAGGAGGCCCUGAGGGAUCUUCAAGUUUCUUGGCUUUCUAAAUUAGACAACAGUGAAGCAGCAGAGCAGCUGUACAAGGAGCUAUGUACCCGUUAUCCUGACCACCUGGCUGUGCACACAGCAAUGUUGGCACACCUGGAGCCGGACACAGGGCGGGAGUGGCCCGGUUCUGCCAAGCCACUGAAUCCCACCCAGUUGGCUCGUCUGCAGACCGUGGCUCAGACUGUCAUCUCCGGUGUGGACGCCACAGAGUUGCUGGUACACCUCGGUACUAAGUCUGAUCAGCGGCCGGAUGCGCCUAAGAUCAAACAAACAAUGGAUCGCCAGAAGACUGCACUGAUAGAUGCGCUUUCACGCUACGGAAGUGUUCAGUGUCGUUUGUUGAAGGCUACUUUAGAAGCGGAUGUGCCUAAACCAACCCUUGAAGACAUAGACAAAACUUAUCUCGAGCUCAUGCGCUUUUCAGACAAUAACGACAAGGUGACAGGACAGUUUGUGGUGUGGCACGCUUGUGUUCACCAGCACUACGGACGCAUGCUGAAGGUGUUGGCCAAGCUCGCGGAGGACAAGCCUACCAAGGAUCUGGAGGAGGCCACAGUGUGGGCGAUGAAGCAACUGGGUUGGCAGCACGCGGCCGACUUGCUCUCGUCCACUACUCCAGCACGUUACCCACCUGCCUAUCGGCCGUUCUAGCCCUAGUUCACGUGUACAAACUACAUAUACAUAGUCAAAUAAAACGUUUUAUAAAGUUUGUGCUUUGAUUUAUGCAGUAUUACGGUCGGGAAAGUUUUUUCGUCGAGUUUAUUCUGUAACUGGUGCAUCGGACGGAUAUUGUACAUAAAUAUCGUGUACCAUUUACAUUAAAUGAGGCGUUCUUACAGCGGUAACAUUUAUCAAGAAUUAAUAAAUCAAUUUUAGAAUCAAGAAUGUAUUUAUAAUAAUACUUUAAAUUAAUCCAAUUUGUUUGUAUUUUACUAUGAAAUGUAAUGAAUUAUGGUCAUUAAGAAAGUUUUUAUUAAAUAUUAUCACUUACGUUUACU